UCGGACAUAUGUUCCUUUUUCGACUAGAAACGACAAAGUCCAUAAGAUAUUGCACAAAUCAAAGUUAUCAAUCAGAGAUCCGGAAGCUGUUUAGUUGAAACGGCCGCAAACGGCGAAAGCGUGAUUCAAUCUCGCGCCGAUUGAUAAAAUAUCAAGGUUCCUACCAAAGUUCCCAGGGCCCUACCCGCUUUACAACCCCUUUUUCCUUCAUCCUAGACCUCCGGCCAUAGAAAUGCUCAUCCAAACACUUAUCCCCUGGGCCUUGCUGACCAGCACAGCUUUGUCCCAAUCUGCCCGGCAACUUUUCAACUUCUCCACAUCUGUCACUAUUGAAAACAGUGCCCUCCGCCCCAAUGGCCACCUCCUCCUGACCACCUUUGACCAAGGGCGACUCUACACGCUUGACCCCUCCUCCUCCAACCCUCAAGCUGAGCUGGUCGCUUCAUUCCCCGGUGCGACCGCUAUCUCGGGCAUUGCGUCCAUCGGAACCGAUAAAUUCGCUGUCGUGGGUGGUGUACGCGGAAACUACCAGUACGAUAAUGAAACCCUAUACUCGAUCGAUCUCGCGGACUCGUCCAAGCCCAUAAACGUCGUGGCUCAUCUUCCCGAAGCCGUCAUAUUGAACGGCAUGGCUGCGUUACCGACUGCACCGCACGUGGUUCUCAUCUCCGACUCCCGCGUCGGCGGUAUCUUCCGCGUGGAUACAGACACAGGGGCCGUGGAUAUCGCCUGGAAAGACGAGUUGCUCACUGCGCCCAGUGAUGCGGCCAUGCCGAUCGGGGUGAAUGGUCUCAAAGUCCGUGAUGGGUACGUGUACUUCACCAACACGGCACAGGGGCUGUUUGGUCGUGCGGCGAUCGACGAUCGCGGGGAUAAGAUUGGAGACGUGGAGGUCGUUACGAGAAUAGAGACGGAUGGGGAUGAUCGGUGGGAUGAUUUCGCUUUUGAUAAGAGUGGGGUUGCGUAUGUUGCGCAGCCGGAUAGUGCUCUUGCUCGAAUUGAUGUCGAUGGUGAGCAGACGGUGAUUGUCGGUGGAGGUAAUAGCUCGGUGCUGGUUGGACCGACCUCGGUGACACUGUCGAAGGAUGAGAAGACGGCCUAUGUCACGGCGAGGGGUGGUAGUGUUGGGGAUGUCGAGUAUAGUGGUCAUGUCGUGGAGGUUAGCCUCUCGCUUUGAGCGUCGUUGCGCUGAGAUGUAUGAACCAGAUUGGGUUGAUAGUAGUUAUUUUCGAUGUUGCUUUUGACUCGCAUAUGCAAAUAUGCAAAAGCUGUGUUGGGCCUGGCCGAAUGACUCAUUCCUUUACCUUGUGGCCAUUCGUAG